AGGCAGCUGUGGAAAGGAACAAAGAAAAAUCACAUAAAGAUCGGAGAUACAAGCACAAGGGGGGCAUGCGUGGAAGGGGCAGUGGGUGACUUGGCGUGAGGUAAUCAGUACUUUGGGAAGUCUGGGAAAGCGGAAAAAAGAAAGGGCAGAAAGGGAAGUACUUAUGUACUUAAGCAGUGCUCAUGUCAAAGUCUUGGGUCUGAGUUCCUGGAAAUCUGGAGUGGGAAGGGGGAGAGAGAAAGGGGACAAACCAAAAGUUAUCUGCUUGUUCUGCGUAUUUUAUUAUUUUUUAAAAAAAAGAAGUGAGUUAAAUAAGCAGGAGGGGGAAAAGCGAGCAGCUAGCUAAAGUAAACAGGAGUGGGCUAAAGUGACGUAGCAGAAGGGAAUGGGAAAUGUAUGUUCUGGUACCGGAGGGAGAGGGAGGAGAAGGGACAAAGGGAGCCGUAAGUGAAGCGGGACGUCGGUGAGGACCACCCGGAGAGGGAGAGACUGCCCCCAAGGCUAACAACCUGCAAGGUAAUACAGGUAAUUUUGCUCCUUGGGUUCAUCAGAUGAAGAGGCGCUGUCAGCCAAUCAGAGCAGGCGAGAACAUUCCAUCUUGACCUGCAUCAGCCAAUCAUAGAGAAGAGGAACAUUCCAUUUGUACUGCAAAUUCCAACAAAGUAUGGUUUCCCUUGGUCCUCUCCACACUCCUGCUUGAUCCCUUGAUGAGCUCUACAGCAGAGGACGACUCGUAUUGCUCACAUCACAUCCCUAACAGUCAACUUCGCUAUGGAGAUGGACCAGCCAAUGGCAAUCAGGGAAAAUUAUCAAGAAGAAAUAGAGAGCAGGGAAGAGUCAAAGAAAAAUGGUAGCCUUUUGUUGGCUGGUGGAAUGGCAGAUGGUAUGGUGGCGACACAAGAGAGGACAAGCUCUUCUCCCGAGCAGGUUUCCGAUGACUAUCCCACAUCUUCAACCCAAACCCCAGCAGGGGGUGGUGUCAGUGGGGGGGCGAGGGACAGGGGGUGUGGCGGAGCCUACCCCAGGAUGCUGAUGGUCCAGCAGACGAGUUUGGAGCAGCCCAGAGAGACAUGGGAUAAGAAGAUGGAUUUUUUGCUGUCCGUCAUCGGAUAUGCCGUUGACCUCGGAAACGUCUGGCGCUUCCCUUAUAUCUGCUACCAGAAUGGAGGAGGUGCAUUUCUUCUACCCUACCUGUUGAUGGCAGUGUUUGGGGGUGUCCCACUGUUCUACAUGGAGCUAGCAUUGGGACAGUUUCACCGUAGCGGAUGCAUAUCUGUCUGGAGGCACAUCUGCCCCAUCUUCAAGGGUAUCGGCUUUGCCAUCUGUGUCAUUGCACUCUACAUUUCCUUCUACUACAACACCAUCAUGGCCUGGGCACUGUACUACCUCCUGUCUUCAUUCCGAUCCACACUGCCCUGGAUUACCUGCUCCAAUUCCUGGAACACCCCCUCCUGCACCCCCUACAGCCACACCAAUGUCAACCAGUCCUGGUACAACACCUCCACCUCUCCCAGCGAGGAGUUUUUUAUACGGUAUGUGUUACAGGUGCAUCGAUCCCCUGGGCUGCACCAUCUGGGGGCAGUGAGCUGGCAGCUGGCUCUCUGCCUGCUUGUCAUCUUCAUUGUGGUCUACUUCAGCAUCUGGAAAGGGGUGAAGACUUCAGGCAAGGUGGUAUGGGUAACAGCCACCUUCCCCUACCUGGUUCUGCUGGUGCUUCUGGUUCGAGGUGUCACUCUCCCUGGAGCCUGGAAGGGUGUGGCUUUCUAUCUUAAACCUGAUUGGCAGAAGCUUCUCACCACCACGAUUUGGAUAGACGCGGCCGCACAGAUCUUUUUUUCUCUCGGGCCAGGGUUUGGAGUGCUGCUGGCCUUGUCCAGCUACAAUCCCUUCCACAACAACUGCUACAGGGACGCCUUAGUGACCAGCUCCGUCAACUGUCUGACCAGUUUCCUGUCUGGAUUCGUCAUCUUUUCUGUGCUGGGCUACAUGGCUGAGAUGAGGCAGCAGGGUGUUGAGGCCGUGGCGAAAAAUGCAGGCCCCAGCCUGCUGUUUAUCACCUAUGCAGAGGCCAUCGGCAACAUGCCCGCCUCCACCUUCUUUGCUAUAAUCUUCUUCCUAAUGAUCAUCAUGCUGGGGCUGGAUAGCACGUUUGCCGGUCUGGAGGGGGUCAUCACUGCCAUUCUGGACGAGUUUCCCCAUGUUCUGGUCAAGCGGAGGGAGUGGUUUGUUCUGGGCCUGGUGUGCGUCUGUUAUCUUGGGGCCCUCUCCACCCUGACAUACGGAGGAGCGUAUGUGGUGAAGCUGUUUGAGGAGUACGCCACUGGCCCAGCCGUUAUUGCUGUGGUCCUCUUGGAGGUCAUAGCGGUCUCCUGGUUUUAUGGUAUGCCUCGGUUUUGCAGUGACCUGCAUAUGAUGCUUGGAUUCUCCCCAGGCUGGUUCUGGAGGGUGUGUUGGGUGGCCAUUUGUCCCACUUUCCUAAUGUUCAUAAUUGGCAGUUUCCUGGCAUUUCCUCCGGAAGUGAAACUGUUCAACUACCUCUAUCCACCGUGGACCACCGCGAUUGGCUACUGCAUUGGAGUCUCCUCCCUUAUCUGUGUGCCAGCAUACAUGGUCUACUACCUUCUGUCCACCCCAGGGACACUCAAACAGCGGCUUUUGAAAAGCAUCACUCCAGAGCCUGGAAGUGAGAGGGCACACCGAAGCACAAUCAUCGCCAAUGCCGUCUGAUCCUGAUGAUAACAAUGUCGCCCCCCUCUGGACACAAAGAUGAACGGCAAGAAAGAGAUUACCUGCUGCCCCCUGUACGACUCAAGAUUGGUGCAAAUGCUGUGACAGUGUAACCAGGAUUGGCCAGGGGUUUCCCCAAAUUUAAGGAUUGGGAAAAUUUUAUGUAAGUCAAUGAUAGAAGGGGGAUUAUAAGAGAUGAUGGGAGAAUUUUUAUUUUUGGGGAGAUGAAAUCCCUGGCAUCUGGCCAAACACAUCAUUGUAGCACACCAUUCUCAGAGUAAGAUCAUGUGAUGGUUGGUUAAGUACCUCUGACAAAAGAAAUUAUGCUGCUUUGUUCCCCCACUAAUACUAAUGUCGUCACCCAUCGUAUUUACUGUCAAGCUCUUACAAUUAUUCUGAAAAGGGCAUAUAACAUCAUCGUUACUUUACUCAACGAAAGUUACUUUUUCUUUUUAUUUUCCCAUCUUUAAAAGACCAAAAAUAUAAAUUAUGUUAUCAAUACACAAUGUACUUAUGCACAGGCAAACAUUUUACAGGGAACAGAGAUUUAAUAUAUGAAAGAGGAAUAUUUAGUCAGAUACAGAUCUCUAUAAAAAAAGACCCUCAAUGCCAAAAACCUGAGGCUGAGGAGGGUAGCAUUUAAUUAAUAACUGAGUUAUUUCCAUUUAAUGUACAUUAUUAUUAUUAUUAUUAUUAUAGCACUGAAGAAAACAAAGGAUUUUGAUGAUGAUGGUGAUAAUGACAGUGACAAUGAUUGCUAGUUCUGUUAUUUUUAUUCCUUGUUAUUCAGCACUGUUUUUUUAUGAUAUGACCAAUACAGCAGAAGUACUAGUAUACCAGCACAUAUAAGCAUACAAAUGUAUUUGUGUAUGUCUUUUCGGUAAGGGCAUAUAUGUGAAUUUGGUGUGUGACCGUUUCAGAGAGCAAACACAUGAUUGAGCAAGAGGGUGGGUGUGACUGCGAGAGAACUGUUUUGUGUGUGUGUGUGUGUGUGUGUGUGUGUGUGAGAGAGAGAGUGAGAGUGAGAAAGAGAGAGAGAGAGGUCAAUUUAUGUGUAUAUCUGUGUUAUAAGGUAUGUAGAGAUAUCUCUCCAUACCAGCUGUUUAUCUGUGUAUUUCUCAUAACAAUAGUAUCCUGUGAAAAAAAGUAAAUACUUCAGCGUUUCGAGUUUACAGUACCUAUGAUUUGUAUAA